CGUGUAUUUUUGGUUGAGCGGAAGAUGGGAUCAAUUGGACCAAUGGAAUUUUAUACCGAUUGACAUCUUGUCUCUUGCUGCAAGUCUAUUACUUGUUACCGUGAUGCAAAAUAUGUUGAUCGCGUUCAUGACGGGUGUGUUCGACGAUGCAAAAUCCUCAGGAAAAUAUGCCGUUCUACAGUACCGAGCGGAACUGAUUUCCGACUAUGAAACUCUGGAAAAACCUUUCGGCACUGGUCGAGACAAUCCACGAUGGAUCUACUACGUUGGCCGUUCCGAUGAAAUCAUCGAAUGGUCAAAGAAAGCCGAGGAAUACA